AUGAUUCGCUACUAUAUCGACGCUUUACUGCUAUGUCUUGCGACGGUGUCGGUGGUACCAUUCCCGCAGCUUCAGCCACCUAAUAGCACAAUGUGCCAGAAAAUGAUUAUGUGCUACUAUGACCAUGUUCACAACCGAGCGCCGCCAUGUACUUCCCUGGAAGGUAUCGACAAGCUGAACAAGUUAGCAUCGUGCCAUAUGGCAGGCUCCCUGAAGCAGUUGCAAGACAUGCAACAAGCGCGGCUGAAGAAAAUCAUUGAAUGCGUUCAGCGUAGAAUGAUUCGUCAUAAGGAGAUCGAGGUUGAGGAUCCUUUCUACUAUCCAUUACCUAGGAACACGUUCAGAUGCCCAUAUCCUCGCCUCGGAAAAAAAGCGAAAUGCGAAUUGGAGCAGCACGAUCUCACUAACGAAAUUAACAAACUGACCUUGAAACUGCGUCUCAGAGCCAGACAGUGUGCCAGUAUGAUGUACGAUGGCGGAAAAGGACUUAGCAUAAGUGGCUACAGCCAAGAAAAGGCUUUACAUAACCUACGAAUGGAAGAACAUAAAGCGUGGAAUUUGGAUGACGUAGACUUUAACCACCUUGAUAAUCCGCUGUACAAUAAACACGACAGCUUGCUUGGCCUCAGGCGAAUGCACGUGCGAUCGCUCGGAGCUGGUGCGAGAGUGACGAGAGGUUGCGGUGGGUGCAAAAAUGCAAACUACGCUCAGAAGAUGCAACUCAAUUCCGGCAGCGGCCAGUUGCCUCAAGUGCUGAACGAAAAGCAAAGCAUACGCAGCGCAGAGCCAUUCCGGGGUAGCUUCCGCAAAAACACCGCUCAGCUGGGUGGUGGUCAGUUCUACCACGACGACGUGGCAGGCGGUCACUCGUACGGUCGCACGCGCGUGGGCGUCGGCGGUAAGUUCCAAAACACGGCGCUGCACUCGGACAAGUCGCAGCUGCUGGUGGCCGAGAACGCGCGUUCGAGGCUGAAUGACUUGAAGGCAAAAUCGCACAGCAAGGUCAGUGACUCCGGCGUGGAUGCAUACGGACGUUCGUCGGCUAUCAGUGUCAACAAGCCCAGCUGUGGUUCUGGCUGUUCACUGUGA